AGAAAGGGAACGCGAUUGCUGACAGUAAUGACCCUGCUAGAGCGUUUGCAAACAAGUUUAGAGUCACAUAUGGAAAGGACGAGUCUGAGGCGAAUUCUGAAGAUUGGAAUAGCAUUCUCUCCAUAUAAAAGAUGCUGAGCCUUCCUCCUGAUCGUGAACCGAAGGAGUAUUUCACGGAAUUGGACCAAAAUCUGUAUAAGGUAGUCAAAACCAUUGAAGGAAGGAAAUUGGAACCCAAGAGAGAAAGAUUGGUGAAGGACCUACGACUUUUGAUAGAGCAGUUCCUUGAGAUGAUGGAAACUGGCGUAUUUCUCAAUGAGGACAGACAGAGAGCAGCUUUGCAAGCAAAAGACUGGCUCGAGAAGAAGCUGAAGGUGCAGAGCUCGGUUCCAUUAUAUGAAGAUCCUGUCCUAAAAUGUUCUGAUUUAGACAGGUGGAUUAAAAAUCUAUCAUCUAGGAAGAACUCUUGAGGCUUGCAUUGGAAGAUUUUGAGAAUGUGCGAAUUGAGGAAUUAUCUUUAAACCCAAGCCAAGAAGGUGCUCUGAGCAAUUUUAUCAACUACUUCUGUGAUCGGUUGUGUGACCAUAAACAGCGAUUUACAUAUAAACAUGAAGAGCAUACUUGCCGCCUGUUAGAAUUUCAGAGACCUAAUAAACAGCCACCGAGAUGGAUGUUGAUUAAAUUGAUAAAAGAUGCUGCCCGAGCCGGUAUUUACAUGAGAAGUGAUAAUCUAUACCUUUCUGCUUUUAGUAACAAAGAUGAUGAAAUCUUUGAGCUUGUGACGCAUCCUUCUUACCGAAUAAUCAAAGAUUCUAUUCCAUUCGGAUGUAGCACGGAGUACCCCAGCAUGAUGAACUAUGAAAGAACUAAAUAUGUUCCAGCAGAUCAAACUGAGAAGAGGUUGCUGGAGAUAAUUCUUAACAUGGAUAAAUUUGAACAUGGCUUUGAAGUGCUGUCAAAUUAUGACCAUGCCAUUAUGUCAGAUCCGCUUGUGAGCCAGGAUGUGAGACAACAAAAGAUUCAAGAAGUCCAAGAGGCUUUAGCUCGAAAGGCAGUGGUUCUAGGGGAAGUUUCCCGCAUUGUAGAGUUAUUCUUAUCUGUGAAUCAGAAAUGGAAGGAAGGCCGUUCAUUCCUUACAAAACUGUUGUUUGAGUAUAUGAUGCAUUGGAAAGUUAUGUCAGAUAAGGUUCGCAAUGGUAGUGUUGAUGAUCAGUUUAGCAAAGAAAUUGAGUCUGUAAUCUUGCUGAAGUUCAGAUCUGAUGCAAUUAAGCUUCUCAAUGUGGUGUGCAACUCCAAGGGGCCUGGACUUGAUAAGAAGAGACCCACGGAACCUGGUGAUGAUGACAAAGGAUCAGAGGAUCCUGGUGAUGAUGACAAAAGAUCAGAGGAUCCUGGUGACGAUGACAAAGGAUCAGAGGAUCCUUGUGACAAUGACAAAGGAUCAGAGGUUCCUGGGUCAAGCUAUGGACUGACUGGUCACGAUAAGGAUAAGAAAGGAAACAGACCUGGAUCUGAACCAUUUGAUAGUUGCGAUGUCAACCUGGAGGGUGGCCGUGAGGGUGGAGAACAGAAGAACUAUAAUGAUAGCAUGCCAGGGAUAAGCUCUAGACCACUUGAUAGUUGUGAUGUCAACCUGGAGGGUGCCCGCGAGGGUGGAAAACAGAAGGAGAAUGAUAGCAUGCCAGGGACAAGUGACAUGAGCAAAAUCGCAAUAGCUUUCAUGCUAGGAUUGGCUGUUAACAAGAACUUGCUCGAGCCUUUGAUCAGGAAAAGAAGUUUAGAACCUUUCGUCAUCACAAAAAAAGGGGUGAACUUCUCAAUCAUCAGCCGAAGGAGUGUGGAACCUUUGCCAUUGCUACCUGGUUCUCCAGGAUCUGAACAUGCAACUGGUUUGGGUCAAGUGCUGCCAUUAAUACCAGAUUCUUCAAUGUCUUUACAUGGACAUGGUCUGGAUCCGCUGCUGCUGCCAGGGACAAUUCCAUGUGGCCCUGCUGUCAGCUCGUUUGGACGGUCUUUACAUGGACAUGGUUUGGAUCUGAUUGUGCCGAGGAUGCUGCCAUGGAUAAUUCCACCUGUCCUUGCUGUCAGCUCUUCUGGACGUGGAUUGGAGAUGGUUCUAGAGCCGAGCCGCUAUAAAACUCCUGAUUUUUCCUUGAUUUCUUUAGACGAACCAGAUCUGGGUGAGGCGCAAGAACGGAUCAGUGCUAGUGGGAGUUCGAGUGCUAGUGGGAGUUCGACCGAGGAAGAUAUGGUUAGCUUCUUCCAGGAAUUUAUCUCCUCGGAAUCAUAUCCUCUUUCUACAGGCCAGACACUUCUUGAAAUUUUCUGUAUCCACACAAACUUGAGCUUGAUAAAGACUAUUGUUCUGUAUGAUGAUCGAGGUGGUAAUCUUAUCUAUGAGUCCAAGAAAGGAGAAAAGGAGCAGUUUAUCAAAAGACGCUCUAAUUGGUUGUCCGAGCAUACAGGAAAAAAACAAUCCACUUUCAUUGAUUGCCUUGUUCUUGAAGGCCCAAGCCGUCCUAUGACUGCUCAUGCAGACUUGUGGAUCGUUCAAAUUGAUGUGCCAGCUGAAUCAUCUUUUAUUAAGCUUGAAGAUGAAGAUCCUGAAGUACCCGGGAGUGUAUUUGAGGCCACAUUACUGUUGGAUGAUGAUUACAUUGACAAAACCAAUAGCAGUUUGAUUUCUUUGAGAGGUGGCUUUCUGAAUAUUACAUCGGUGACUUUCAGCAAUGCAGUGUCAUCAUCAGUCAGAUUGGCAUUUCAUGUUUCUCCUAUUAGCAGUUUUGGUGAUUGCCCUAAAGUGGAGGGUGACCUUGCAUUAUAUGUUGAAAAUUAUCCAGUUGGUUUCAGUAUCUUGAAGAAUCAAGUCGAGGAUGAUGCUGUACAUUUGGUGAGACUGGGUCCUUCUGUUUUCGAACUUCCCUUGACAAGGCAUGUUCUUGCACUGCCCAUUGGUUCUACUGUACAUGUCUUAGGGACUUUGAAACUACCAAGUUUGGAAGUGUGUGUGGAUCAGCAUUUGCGGCUCGACAAGAACGUUAUUCGGGCUGAAUGGCAUAUGGAUUCUAGCGUGAGUGCUGCUAUAUGGAUUGAGUCAAGUUCAUGUUUCUAGACUCUCCACCGCACAACAGUUCGUGCUCUUGGUCCACUUCCUACAUCUUGCUGCAUGUACAUGCUUGCUCUCGAAUUGGAGGAGUGCCACAGAGAAUAACACACUUUUUGCUUGCCCGAUUGCUAAUUGACAUGUUGGAUUCAUAUGAACCACGGCUUGGAUCUGUUGUGCUUCUGGAAUUCCUGAAUCAGUUUGAAGAGGCAGAGAAGAUUGUAAUUUCUUUAGUGUAUUUUGGUGGUGUGUAGAAACAGUAGCUACUUUGACUAGCUCGGUCUAGUUUGGCAUGUAAGGUGUUAAAAUCCUUGCCUACUCAUUACUAGUGCCGAAGUGCGUGACGGUGAGAACACCCAUCUGAACUUUUUAUUGUUGGUUUGGUUAAAGGUACGAAAUGAAGAGUGGAGUGAACCGGUUGUAAUU